CGGUCUCGUCUUCGCAGCGUCCGCGGCUCCGCGCACACACACCUCCUCCCUCCUGCCACCUUAAACCCUAGAAGCCGCCGAUCCGCCACAGCCCACAGGCCCAUUGCGGACGAUGGAGAACUGUAACCAUGAAACGACCGCCAUCUCCAUGGACGGUUUCAAGGUGGUGGUACCUGCGCACCCACUGAUCAGCCACUGGGUUUCCGUGCUCCGCGAUCGGUCUACCCCUUCCCACGCCUUCAGGAGUGCCUUGGGAGAGCUAGGGAGACUGCUAAUCUAUGAGGCGACCAGGGAUUGGUUGCCGACAGUAACACUGGAGAUCCAGUCACCUGUGGGAACUGCUGUUGUGGAAUCCAUCAGUGAGAUGGAGCCGAUCAUGAUUGUACCUAUUCUUCGAGCAGGGCUUGCGCUUGCAGAUCUUGCGACUUCAAUUUUGCCAUCAACCAGAACUUUCCAUUUAGGUAUGGCCAGGGAUGAGAAAACGCUACUGCCCUCAGUUUACUUAAAUAAGCUACCUGAUAGAUUCCCAAAAGGAUGCCAUAUCCUCCUUGUAGAUCCUAUGCUAGCAACUGGUGGAACAGUCACUGCAGCAGUUGAUCUGGUCAAGGAGCGUGGAGCUGAAAUCAGUCAGAUAAGAAUUAUAUCAGCUGUUGCUGCUCCUCCUGCCCUCAAGAAGCUCAAUCAAAGAUUCCCAGGGAUCUGUGUGUAUACAGGAGCUAUGGAUCAAACUGUGAACGAGAAAGGUUUCAUUGUCCCGGGCCUUGGGGAUGCUGGAGACCGGAGCUAUGGAACAUGACUCUGGUCCUUCGGUGAUGACCAUCGUUAGGAAUGUUGAGGAUCGUAGCGCAAAUCCAUAGUUUUUAGGAUCUGAAUAUAAUAAUCAUUGGCAACGUGAUGUCAAAUUUUGACCAUACAUUGUGGUGAUAUCCGGAUGAUUGAUGAUGAGCUUGGAGUCUUUGUUUUGAGAUGGUAUGGGAUGGCGAUAGCGAAUCUUAUGAGCUG